AUGUCAAACGAAAAAGGUAUAGACCUUUAUAUAAAACUCAAAGAGGGAAAAAGCCUAGCCACUUCCUACGAGUGCAAGUUCAUUGAGACUUCCGUGGGCAUCAACCACAACGUGGACGAGCUUCUAGUGGGACUCCUGACGCAGAUCCGGCUCAAGCAGCAACACGCAGAAAGAGUGAGGUGA